UCAGCAGCAGCAGUGACAACAAGAGCGGCAAAAAGCAGAAAAACAGCAGUGGCCCGGUUGAUCAUAAACUUCUAAAAUCAACUGCUGCCCUCUGUUUCUCCGCUCGUACUUGUGUUUAUAUCUGCAAAUGUAUCUGUAUCUGUAUCUGGCCAAUGUAUCUACAGGCUGCAAGAAUGCCUGCUUAUUGCUGAUUACUUUUAUUGCUUCUGUGUGUGAUUCAUUACUUUCCGAGAUAAGGCGGCUUGUCGCCUGGUUUCGUUGCUCUCGUUCUUCCACCUUUUCUCAGUUCUCAGUUCUAAGUGCUAUUGAGUUUUUAGGCAAUUACAUCAUUGUGUUCAUGCUGUUGAACUUGCAUUGGUUUAUUUUUGGACCAACUAAAUUUAAUUUCGCGUUAGGCCUUCAUGUCUGCCUGCUGGUGAUUCAUCAGCUUGGGCAGAUGUGGACCCAGCCCAAAAAUUUCUGUCCCUUUUUUUUGUUGGUCACAUUCCAGUCACGAAAGUGUACAGAAAAUGUGUGUGCACAAUAAAGAUCGGUUUGAUUUUGAUGAAAUAAAAGCCUGGCCUCAAAAAGUUGCAACAAAGUAAACAUUAUUUGCAAAGGGCACAAUUUGAGCUCUUCAUUAGCUUUCGUUUUGUCCCUUUUACGCCACAAUGAUCUUGUUUUCAACGCUUAGUUUGAUUCAAAGAGCCUCCUGAAGUGACGUCUUCGUAGCCGGGGCUUCGUAGCCAGAGCUUCGUUUCUCCCGAAUAGCCGGCUUUUGGAAGAAUCCGACCCCGACUUCGGCGGCUUGUAAAUUUACGAGGCAGUUUGAGUCGCGCCUUGAUGUCGAGCGGUUUGCAAUUCGCAGCGGCAGUUCGACUUUGAUUUCCAAGCUCUCGAUCCGAUCCGAUCCGAUUCGCCUGACUUUGUUGGCACCGUAUUAGUAUGCAUUAUUACUCGCUGCCGGCUUCAAUUGACAUUAAAAUUGAUAAGCGGCAGACUAAAAAUAAAACUAGGGGCCCGUUGCGAGUUGCAUAAAAAGUAAUGCGAAGUGGUUUCCUGAGUUGCAUAAACUGUCGAAUGCAGCAGGAAGCGAAUGAGUGAUGUGAUGUCAUAAUAAAACUUUGCCCUUAUCGAAACUAAAAAGAGAACUGCAAAAACGAUAUCAGCGGAAAAGCGAGGUAAAAGUUAAUAACCACCCGGAUCGGAAUCGAAUUGCAAUUUGUGAUUGGGGAUUGGUGAUAACGAGGCGAGCAUGAGGAUGACGGACUGCGCGGAUUACCUGGAAAUGGCUUGGGAGUACGCGGAGUGGCUUCCGUACCUGCUGGUCACCUACGCGGUGCUCACCCUCGUCCCCAAGUCGCUCAUCCGGAUGAAGAGGUUCGCGGACGCGGACUACGAGGCGAACCGGAACCAGUUCCACCGCUGCUACGGUCCGGAGAUCUGCUGCCACCUCCUCGCCCAGGAGCAGUCCGCCGGCAAGUCCGGGAAACCGAAGACCAGGAAGCCCGUCACGCGGGUCUAUCCCAAGAGGCAGCAGGUGGCUCCCCGGGCGGAGCUGCCUCCUCCGAGUCCGGCGCCCGUGAAGAGGAGCAACGUGACCAAGAUCGCCAGGAUGUUCGAGACGGGCACCACGCGCCAGGUGAACCGGGUGACCCCGGUGAGCCUGCCCGAGAUCCGGAUGUUCGGGGCCAGCGACGAGUCGCGGGACUCCACCCCCUGCGCCUCCCGGAAGACCAGCAUCGCCAGCCAGCUCUCCGCGCAGCUGCAGCACAUCGAGCAGGCGAUGCACCUGUGGCAGGAGCUGGAGGAGGAGCCCCCCAAGAAGGUGGGAAUUCCCUCCCGGCACAGCGACUGGGAGCCCAUGGCCGUGCCCGUGGCGAGGCGCACCCGCGGCACCUCGGCCACGCCCUCCACGGCCUCGCCCUUGUCCAGUUCCCCGGAGCCGGAGCAGGAGCGGGAGCGGAAGCACUCUUCGCUGUGCCUGCAGAGAAGCGUGGAGGACAUCUUCCAGGUGAUGGCCAGGAGCGCCGAGCAGCCGGAGGACUGCCCCGACUGCCAGUGCCUCUCGCCGGUGACGAGCAUCGACGACAUCCUCUCGGAGCGGCGGUUCUCGCGGCCCCUGUCCGCCUACUCCAUCACCGAUCUGCUCAACGAGGAGCAGGCCUCCUGCGUGGAGGAGGCCACCUACGUGAACGAGACCAGAUGAGGAGCACGCAGGGAUAUUCAUCUCAGUGCCAUCCCCCGGGGAACACAGCCACUGGAAACUGGAGAACCAGCCAGCUUGCCAACCUAAAUUCCUCCACUUUGUUUGUUUAAUCGAUGGGAACUUAAGCGAACCAAAGUGAUCUCCUCCAGACCCUACAAAACCCUCAAAGGUCGCAAUUGGCAGUCCAACCUGUACUUAGUAAACCCAAUCGUCUGUCCAGAACCCAAAUUGUAAUUGUAACUGCGAAGCAUCUCAUUAACAGAGAACAGUACUGCUAAACCAAUAAGCCGAUUGUUCGUAUCGUACGAAUUUGUACCGUAGUAUUACUUAUCGUUAGUUUACUGUUUGUACUCGUAUACUUGUAUCAAAUGCAACUCACCUACUCGUACACAAAAUAAUAAUAAAGGAAACAUUGUAUAUUUUCGUAUGCGCAGCUGCUAGAGCAUUCGAACAAUUUUA